AUGGACCCUAUUUGUCAUAUUUUUCUUCUUCUUCUAGCCUUCCACAAGAUAAACCCAUCUGUUUCAUCUUGUGUCACAGGAUGCUCUUGUUCUCAAGACAGCUUUGGAAGGAGUUUGCUCUGCAUGUCUGCACUGCUGAGGCAGAUCCCUGCAAACAUCCCUCAGGACAUGCGGAAAAUUAGAAUAGAAAAUUCUCACCUAACAGAAUUGCCUCGCGGGUCUUUUGAGAACGUUAGUGCCUUGGAGUAUCUCUGGCUCAAUUUUAACAACAUCACGGUGAUGCACAUCAAGAGCCUGGAAUAUCUGCCGGCACUGAAGGAGCUGCGCUUGCAAGGGAACAAAUUAAGUUCGGUGCCAUGGACAGCAUUUCAAGACACUCCAGCUCUGAAAAUCCUGGAUCUGAAGCACAACCGGUUGGAUGUCCUUCCAGAACAUGCACUCCGCUAUCUGCCCAACCUGACCUAUUUAGAUCUAUCCUCAAAUCAGCUUACUGUCAUAUCCAGGGAUGUCUUCUAUAGCUGGCCCGUCUAUCAGAGAAGCCAGAGGGCGGAGGGACAGAUAGAAGCUAUUUCCAACGCCGUCUUGGCCCUUCAUGACAACCCCUGGAUUUGCGACUGCCGCCUGCGGGGAUUUGUCCAGUUUAUCAAGUCGGUUGGCCCACCUAUUAUUCUGAUGAAUUCCUAUUUAACUUGCUCAAGCCCGAAAUUCAGGGCAGGGAAGUUUUUUCAUGAAGUGGAGCUCAACAGCUGCAUGAAGCCCCUGACUUCGGCCCUUGACACCAACCUGACAGUCCCAGUAGGGCUAAAUGUCACCCUGACCUGCUUUGUGCAAGCCAGUCCUUCCCCGGCUGUCUGGUGGACCUAUGCACUCAAACUUCUAAGGCCGUUUAAUGUGUCCACGGAGCCCAUCAGCGAGGAGACCGUCCGCUCAGAGCUGCUGAUCCCAGCAGCGCGGCCAGUGGACGCUGGCAACUACACCUGCACAGCCGCCAACUUCUUGGGCAACACCUCGGUGGCCAUCACCCUCUGGGUGGGGGCCCCCUGGGCAUCCACCCCUGACCCAGGCUGGGCCCCCAUUGGGCCUGCUGAGCCGGGUGCCCACGUAGAAGUGCGCAUUGCCAAGCAGACGGUCUACGGCAUCACCCUAGAGUGGUUUGCGGCGGCGGCAGCGGAGCCAGGUGAGAUCUGGUACACACUCCUGGUGGGACGCUAUGAUGCCGCCCAGAAGGAUGCCAUCUACAUCGGCCCUGGUGUCAACACCUACUCGGUGACUGACCUCUUGCCUGCCACCAAGUACGAGGUCUGCGUGGCCGUGCGCAACCAGGCACCCCGCAAGGGCCAGUGCGUCGUCUUUGUCACGGGCAGUGACGUCAGCCAGCUGGAGCAGCGUGAGAAGCUCAUCCACAUCAUCGUCAUCGUCUGCGCCAUGGUGCUGGCCGUGCCUGCUGGCAUGUACGCCUGCACAGCUGAAGCUCGCCCUGGUUGCCUGGCCCGCUGCCCUGGCGCCUGUCCCCGCCGCCGCCGCGGGGGCCAGGCACAGGCCGCCGGCAGUAAGGAGAGCACACUGGACAGCCUGCCUGCCGGCAGCGAGGACGGGCUCUGCCGACCCGAGGGCGGCCGCGGUGGUCGGCGGCCCCCGGCCCGUGAGGAGCCAGGCAAAACCCGGCCACCCCACAGGAACAGCGCUGACCUCUACUAGCCCGGUGCCGGCUGCCUCCCGCAGCGGCACCUUUUGCAGAUGACCUUGAACCACGGCACAUGCUGGUUGUCUAGAAGGACCAUGAGCAAGGAAGCGGUGGGGUGCCUGACCGGGAUCCACAGCAGGCUCGGGGAGCCCUGGGAAUGGGGGUGCCCCGGGGCAGGCUGCCGCUCACGCACCCCCGGGCUGCCUCCGCAGCGCUGCCACGCAGCAACGCACACAGACAC